UUUGGCCCAUCUUAUAAAUACACCUUUCUACCUUCUCACCAACAAGCUAUAGCUUAGCUGCCAUAUUUUCCAUCAACACUCUCAAUCCGAAAACCUAACUACGAAAUAUGAGGCAAUUCGAUCCAUGGCCUGUUUUCUUCCGCCGUGAAUGGAGCCGUAACUGGCCGUUCCUUGUUGGUUUCGCCGUCACCGGCGCUAUCAUCACCAAGAUGUCCCUUGGUUUCACUGAGGAAGAUAGGAAGAACUCUCGAUUUGCGCAGAGGCACAAGAAGUAAGUUUAGUCAUUGGUUGA